CGCCAAAUGAAACUAUGUCUAUCGGACAGUUUCGAGGUAAAAAAUGAUGUUGAUUCCUAGUAAACUUGAUUCACUUUGACUUUUGUAGGGUAAAAAUUGCUGGUUCCAGCUACCAAUUAUACUUACUAGUUGAUUUACUUCUUUUGUGGGACGUCACUUGGUUGGGUUGAUAAUUAUCGAAUUGAGUGUUCACUUUUGUUAGGAGAGUAGCAGCUGGGACCGUCGCAAUUCAAUCUAGUUGUACUUUUAUUAGCAGGACCACUAGAGUCCGAGUCCUCGAGUGAGUCGCUCCAUGCAGACCUACACUCGCCAUGAUCAGGCACGCUCGGCAUCUUGGGCUUGGCGCAGGACAGCUACCUUGCUGACGGACUUUACCGUGUGUUCACUGGUGGAGAAGGUGAUCUUACGUAUACGCAAUUUAUCCAGCAUCUGGCGAUCAUGCUUCGCGGGACUACGGACGAAAAGCUGAUACUUUCCUUUAGCAUGUCACUCUCCAGUGGCGGCCUUGACGACGAUGGUGCUGCCUUACCACACGCUGCUGUGAUGAACAAGACGGGGCAAGAAGGUCAUCCGGGCCCCUCGCGUUUGAUACUCACUCAAGGAGGGGUUGAAGUUGAUCACCAAGACCAUGCACCGCCUCGAGAAACUCCAGGAACAGCGGAGAGAACAGGCGUCGGAUUCGGAACUGCGACGUCGCAGCUGGAAAGCAUCACGACACUGACGCCUAGUGAAGCGGAG